AUGAACUCGUCGGGUCUGUGGGGUGGAGGCACCCUUCUGUCGUCGUGCAGUGGCCAAUGCAGUGGCGGACUGCUCUGCGACGUAGCUGUCGACGGGGACUACACCUGCUUCAACUACACGGACUCGGCGUUUGUCCUCCUCAUCCGAGACUCUGGCUACCAAAGCGACGAGGACGCAGCUGCACGAGUGGCCGAUGCGUCGUACGUGUCGAAGGUUGUCGAGCUUCCGGACGACACCGAGGUAUACCCUCAUGUCGACAACUGCUACCUGUACGACGUCUCUAAACUUGAGAUCAACUCGGACAUUGAUCAAGUGGUGCUUGCCGGGGGUAACAGCUACAGAGGCUACUACAAAGGUCGAGUGGGCUACCUCACGCUCAACUCGGACUUCAUUGCCAAUCAGUCCCAAAUCACGAGGGUGUCGCUCAUCAACCUCAACCUGAAGGACGUUUUGCACGACUUACCGUCGAAGCUGCCGGUGAACACCACGCAGCUGGAUCUGAAAAAUACGUUGAUCUACGCGUUCCCGACUCAACUCACGGCGCUCCCGAAGCUUGAAAAACUAAACUUAGGCUCCAACAAGAUCGAAGAAGUCAGCGCGUUAAACUUUUCCGAUACACUUACAGCGCUGAAUUUGAGUGACAACAACAUCGUGGCCUUUGAGGCAACGUACCCAAACCUGGAAAUCCUAUAUUUGGGUGGCAACAAUCUGACCGCGAUUCCAGCGGCUGUGUACAAUUGCACAAAGCUCAAGAGCUUGUACGUACUUGGUUCGUCCCUCUUGUCGCCAAUAUUCACUGACAGCCAAUUCCAGUUUUUGCAAAGUCUGGAUACGUUGGACGUCACUGAAGCCGACUUCGACACCCAACCAGCUUGCCAGACGAACAACACUCAGCUACUUCGCAACACGAUUCCAGUCUGCCUGACAUCAGCAGCACCCGUGGCUACUACAACAACAGAUUCAAGCAGUGGAGGGAUAGCGACUGGGGUCAUUAUCGCAAUCACCGCAGGUGGGGCUGUUUUAAUCCUGAUUCUUCUCGUACUCGUGAUCUGCGUAUGCCGUCGACGUCGCCGGGCUGUGAAGUUCAUCACGGCGGAGCUGGACGACCCGCAACUCGUGCCCCUCAUGUUGAAGCCGGGGGACAUCAAGAACGUCAAGAAGAUCGGUGCUGGUGGCCACUGUGUCGUGUGGCUCGUCAGAUACCGCAAGUCGCAGUUGUUGGCCUCAAAGCGCCUUCGGAAGGACUUGGCCCGUCGACGAAUCACCAAGGCCUUCAUCGAAGAGAUCAAGCUGGCCGCUCCGCUGGACCACCCAAGUGUGGUGAAGCUCGUCGGAAUCGCGUGGACAGUCAAGACCGACAUCCAAGCUCUGUACGAGUACGUGGACAACGGAAACGUGACCGACUACCUGACCAGACCCGGUACGCUGCGUGAGUGGACCCAACAAAAGCUGCAGAUCGCCUUGGAGGUGGCGGAAGCUCUGGUCUACCUUCACUCGUUCGCGCCUCCUGUGCUGCACCGAGAUCUGAGGGCGAGCAACGUGCUGCUUACUAGCGAGAUGAAGGCCAAAGUGAGCAAGGUCGGCGUAUCCCAUCUGAGGGCGCUUGCUAGCGGCGACAAGGACCAGCAAAGUGUUAUGGGUCCGUGGCAAGCGCCGGAAGUCUUGAUGGGCUCAGACGACCGUGACCCGGCAGUCGACAUCUUCAGCUUUGGCGUGCUGCUGUCCGAGCUGGACACCCAUGCGCCGCCCUACAAUGACGCUCGAAGUCUGAGCGGCACUCAGUUGGCCGAGGCGGUGGUGCUUCAGAUGAUCGCUGCAGGCUCCAUCCGCCUCAGGUUCGGUGAGGACUGCCCGUCAGAUUUGAGGUCGCUGGCCGAUUCCUGUCUCGCCAAGAAUCCGCGCGUGCGUCCUGCCGCGUCGGAGCUGGUGUACGCACUACGGACGAUCAAGAAGCUGGUAUAA